AUGGUUUCGGGGCUUUCAGGUGGCGUUUUUCUAAUCCUUUUUGUGACACUUUUUCGGACUCAUUGCGCAGUCAUCCCGCAAGACAGUAACGUAAAAUCCGCUUCACAAAAAGACAGUGAAACGCCCAACGCCCCAACAUACUAUAAACGGUUCCUUCAUGGGUUUCUCGCAUCAGUCUACGUAAUAAUAAUAUCUGAACUCGGUGAUAAGACGUUUUUCAUUGGCGCAAUACUUUCGAUUGAUCACCCGAGACUUCUUGUUUAUGGCGGUGCCAUGUUUGCACUGGUUACAAUGACUGUUUUAUCUGCUUUACUUGGUUUCGCCACUGAAGUUCUUCCACGCGUUUACACCUACUACGCGUCUGCUUUUAUCAUGAAUCCUGAAGAUAGCAAAGAGGAAUAUAAGGAAGUUGAACAGCAGCUAUCAGCUAAUGAAAUAAGGGAAAUAACGUUUUGUGCUCAUUUUCGAAGUUUUCUUCAAAGCAUUCUUUCACCAAUUUUUGUUGAAGCGUUUGUGAUGACAUUUCUCGCCGAAUGGGGAGAUAGAUCGCAGAUUACGACAAUCGUUCUGGCAGCCCGUGAAGACGUGGCUGGCGUCAUUGUCGGUGGCGUAUUGGGUCAUGGCUUGUGCACAGGCUUGGCUGUUCUAGCCGGUCGUAUUGUGGCUCAUCGUAUUCCCGUCAAGUGGUCCUUGUAA